GAUUUACCAUCUUUCAAACGUGACAUUUUGCUCGUGUUAUUUGAAGGCACAUACGUGGCUAGUUUCACAGGCUUCCGCUUCGCACUUCUGCCAUAUUGCCACCUAGGAGUUUUUUGCCAACAGACGCACGGACGGAGUCCUGCAAAGACUUCACAAUGAUCCAUAGCUUAUUUCUGAUCAACUCCGCUGGUGACAUAUUCCUGGAGAAACACUGGAAGAGUGUCAUCAGCCGCUCGGUCUGUGACUACUUUUUCGAGGCUCAGACGAAGGCCGGCGAUGCCGAGAAUGUGCCGCCCGUGAUCCGCACCCCGCACCACUACCUGAUCAACAUCUACCGGGAGAAGAUCUUUUUCGUGUCCGUUAUCCAGACGGAAGUGCCCCCGCUGUUCGUCAUCGAGUUUCUACAUCGAGUGGCGGAGACAUUUCAGGAUUAUUUUGGAGAAUGUUCGGAAUCGGUCGUCAAGGACAACGUGGUGAUCGUUUACGAGCUCCUGGAGGAGAUGCUGGACAAUGGCUUCCCCCUGGCAACCGAGUCCAACAUUCUCAAAGAGCUCAUCAAACCUCCAACCAUCCUGCGCUCCAUGGUCAACACCAUCACAGGUAGCAGUAACGUGGGGGAGACCCUGCCGACUGGCCAGCUGUCCACCAUUCCGUGGAGACGAGCAGGGGUCAAGUACACCAACAACGAGGCCUACUUCGACGUCAUCGAAGAGAUCGACGCCAUCAUCGACAAGUCAGGGGCUACGGUGUGCGCUGAGAUCCAGGGCGUGAUUGACGCGUGUGUGAAGCUGACCGGCAUGCCUGACCUCACGCUCUCCUUCAUGAACCCUCGUCUCCUUGACGACGUGAGCUUCCACCCGUGCGUGCGGUUCAAGCGCUGGGAGUCAGAGAGGGUGCUGUCCUUCAUCCCACCCGACGGAAACUUCCGCCUCAUGUCCUACCAUGUCAGCGCACAGAACCUUGUGGCCAUCCCGAUCUACGUGAAGCAGAGCAUCAGCUUCUUUGAGAGCGGGGCGUCGGGGCGGCUGGACAUCACGGUGGGGCCCAAGCAGACGAUGGGCAAGCAGGUGGAGGCGCUGCGGGUCACCGUGCACAUGCCGCGCGUGGUGCUGAGCGCCCACCUCUCCGCCACCCAGGGCACACACACCUACGACCCCGUCACCAAGGUGCUGGUGUGGGACAUUGGGAAGCUGAACCAGCAGAAGCUGCCCAACCUUAAGGGCGGUCUGAGUCUGCAGUCGGGAGCCCUGAGACCAGAGGAGAACCCCAGCCUCAACAUCGACCUCAAGAUCCAGCAGCUCGCCAUCUCAGGGCUGAAGGUGUGCAGGUUGGACAUGUACGGGGAGAAGUACAAGCCCUUCAAAGGCGUCAAGUACAUCACCAAAGCAGGCAAGUUCCAGGUGCGCACCUGAGCCAGCUGUCUGGAGAGAUGCAGCAGCAGCAGCAGCAGCAGCAGCAACAGCAACAACAACAACAACAACAACAAAACAACAACAACAACAACAACAACAACAACAACAACAACAACAACGUCGUGCCAAACACACACCUUUUGGUUCAGUGCUGAUUCUUAACACAUGUGUGACUAUGGAAGCUCUUCAGCCUUAUCCAGUAUACUUUAUUCAGCAGCCUUAUCCAGUAUACUUUAUUCAGCAGCCUUAUCCAGUAUACUUUAUUCAGCAGCCUUAUCCAGUAUACUUUAUUCAGCAGCCUUAUCCAGUAUACUUUAUUCAGCAGCCUUAUCCAGUAUACUUUAUUCAGCAGACUUAUCCAGUAUACUUUAUUCAGCAGCCUUAUCCAGUAUACUUUAUUCAGCAGACUUUGUUUACACUAGUUCAGACAGCAAGUGAGCUCUCACCAUGCCUGAUUAUUUUGUUAAAAAGGGGAAGACACGUGGGGAAAUUUGAAUUUGAUUUGAAAGGGACGGGCCUUUUUUGCCUUCAUUGUAUGGAAAUGUAUUUGUCCUCGCUGUGAUAAUGAGGACUGCACCAUGAGUUGUGUAUUGAGUUUGGGAUUUUUUUUAUUUUAGAAUUAGAUGUUGGAUGAAGUAAUUCAGUAUUGUACCAUUCCGUGCACCAGUGUUCCUCCUGCUCUCUCAUCCAAAGCUGUCUGAAGAAGCAGUGUAUUCUGUGUGUGUGUGUGUGUGUGUGUACAUUUGUGAUCUUUGAGACCCUGGAUCUGAAGUGUGUAAGCACGCCAAUGUGUGUGUGUGUGUGUGUGUGUGUGUGUGUGUGUGUUGCAUGUCAUUUCAAAUCACUCCCACUACUUUCUAACACCCCAUCAUUCAGGAGCAGAAAUAGCACCCUCAACAGGCUAAGGCAGGAAUAGCACCCUCUACAGGCUAGGCUAGUAAUAGCACCCUUUACAGGCUAGGGCAGGAAUAGCACCCUCUUAAGACUGGAACAGGAAAGAAUCAUCUGCACAAGUUACAUAAGGUGUGUGUGUGUGUGUGUGUGUGUGCGCGUGCGUGUUACCAGAUUACUUGCACAGGUUACGUUAGGUGUGUGUGUGUCUCUAAACAGCAGUUGGGACUCUCAGUUCUGGGUAUCUAAUCAACCCUUUGCCUCAGAGCCAAAGCACAGCCUGACUGUGUGUGUGUGUGUGUGUGUGUGUGUGUGUGUGUAUAUGUGUGUGUAUCCGAUCUCUGGCAGCAGACUGCAGUGUCAGAGAGGUGGGCUGUGUCGUGCUUAGCCAUUUGUUGCCUUGGUAACCACCCAGUUCCAGCAGGUAUCCUAGUGACUGUAGCCGGACGUCACUCUUGCCUCCCGGUGGUAGCGGUGGUAUGGGGGGGGGGGGG